AUGUGCCACUUUCAGGUCUCCUCACACUGCUGGUGGGUUCCAUUUUGUCAUAGGGUGCUGGCAGAUUACGGGCCUCCCAUUGCUGCUGCCAGGCCCGUAAUCUGCCAUGGGCCCCUGUACCGCCUCCUCAUGCUGCUGCCAGGUCCAGAGUCUCUCAUGGGUCCCUGUACAGCCUCCCAUUGCUGCUGUCUCCAUCGCCACACUCUGCCAUGUGCCACUUUCAGGUCUCCUCACACUGCUGGUGGUUUCCAUUUUUGUCAUAGGGUGCUGUAUGGCCUCCCAUUGCUGCUGCCUCCACCGCCACACUGUGGCUCCACACUGGUUUGGCCUCGUGACUGCCCAAAUGAGUGAAAGUGUGCGGUGAUUCUAAGAUCGACAGGACUCAUCUGCAUGUCAUACUG